CAACCUGACUUCUUGGCUUCAUGUGGUCAUAGUGCGGCAGAGGUAAAUUUGAUUGAUUGUUUCCCCUCCUGAUAAUAAAGCUGUUAUUCACUGAUGCAAAACUACACAUUGUAAUACAUUUAAAAUGUAUUUUUCCAGUAGUUAAAGUAGUUGCUAAGCACUUGUGAGCAUGUUUUUUUUAAACUUCUUAAGGACUGUGCCCCUGAGAUCUGUGUUUCUUUCUCAUAGUAAAAGUCGGAGCAGAGAUCUGUAGCAAAGAUAUGAGCUUUCACAAUAAACUAUAGAAGACUAUCUGUGUUUUCUCAGCGCUGAAAUGAAACAAUAAUUUCCCCAGCACAAAUUCAAAGAGUGAAAAGCUCUUGUUCUUGAUGCGGCUCCGCCUCCUCGUCGUCGUCCUCUUCCUCCUCCUCCACCUCCUGUCUGCAGUACAUGGGGAGGGUAGAAGUUAAGGAGUCAGCGUUCUGCCAUUGUUCUUGUUCUUGAAGCCUGGGGACGGGACGGGACGGCGCUGGAGUGGUGACGGACGGCGGUCUGUCGUUAUGACGGGCUCCGGUCCGAAGCUCGGGGUCCUGCUGCUGGUGGCGGUUCUGCUCCAGACUGUGGUUGUCACCAUCACCGUUCUGCACUUCACCACGGCUUUGAACUCGAUGAAGGAGACCUUUGCCAGGAGCAGUGUCUCCUGUCUGACGGGCGCUGACCUGCAGAGCAUCACAGCCGUACGAGGGGACCCAUGUUGGCAGGUCACUCAGCAGCUUCACCUGCUCAUCGAGAAGUCUCUGUCUCAGCGUUACCAGAGGCAGAUUUCAUCGGCAGUAAGAGAUGAGGUAUCUCGAGUACUCCCCUCACUUGUGAUGGAGGACAGGGCUUCGCCUCGCCCAAAAGUGGCGGCUCACGUCACCGGCAGCUUCGUGCCCAAACUGGAGCGAGAGGAAGGAGCCGCAGUCUCCGCCGGCCGGCGAAUCCAGGGCCAGAAGAUCUCGUGGUGGGAAGGCCAGAAGGGCCUGGCCUUCCUCCAGGACGUCCAGCUGGUGGACGGAGAGCUGGUGGUGCCGCAGCCCGGCCUCUACUACGUCUACGCCCAGACUUACUUCAGACACACCCACUCCCUGGAGGAGGAGGGCGAAGACAACGAGGAGGCGGAGGACAGGGGGAGACCACUGCUGCAGUACGUCUAUAAGAAGGUGAGUUCUUACCCGGUUCCCAUCCUGCUGAUGAAGACGAGUCGGACUUCCUGCUGGUCCCGGGGCUCCCAGUUCUCGCUGCACUCCGCCCACCAGGGGGGGCUGUUCCCGCUCACCACCGGAGACCGCCUGUUUGUCACCGUGACCAACGCCUCGGCUGUGGACAUGGACGAGAAGAGCAGCUUCUUUGGGGCGUUUCUCAUCAGCUAGAGGAACAGCGGCGGGGGUGGCACCUGAGAUGGGCGGCAAAAGAAAACAAAACAUCAAAUUGCUGCAGCCUCCAAUCAUAAAAAACUGUAAUAGUGAUUCGUGGAGAAGAACUCUGACAACACUGGUUUGAUGGGAGGAGAAGAGACUCUUGUGGAUUUGGGUUUUCAUAUUUGGACAUAAUUCAGUUUCUUUAAGACAGAAGUUCUCUCAGUUUAAAUAUGCAGACUCAUAAGUUCAUUUGUCCUGGCUACAGAAGGUUAACUAGGCCUACUAGCCUCUGUGACAGUAUUUAACAUAUAAUUCACGCAGCACUAGGGUAACUGAAGCAACAGCUCUGUUAUAUGGCGUAAAAUUUUUAUUUGGUUUGUUUAGGAUAAAAAGCACUGUUAAACAGGCGUGCGAUUCAUGAAGCUCCCCACAGGGGGUGCUGUUGUGUCAUUGUGGGCUCAGCUAUUCGGAUGCUGAUCACUGCCACCUACAGGAAACGAAAGUAACAGCAGUUUACAAAAUGAGAAUUCGACUUCUUUACCAAAUCUGCUUUUAAGAAUGUUUUUGUUAGACUCUAAUCAGCUGAACAUUUUUUUUGAUUAUGUGUGCUCUGAAUGUUUAAAGGUGUAAAUAUUGUAGCAUAUUUUGUGUAUUUUAUUUUUCUACCAAGCCUUUAAAUAUGGAGUCCGGAGCUAUUCUCAUAUUUUUCUGUCACACGCCACAGUUAACGAUUGUGGCCCGCGAUAGAACAUCAUUAAAGGAGUAGCUUGAUCUCUUUAAUUUUAAUUUUAAACACUGCUGCUUACAAAUCAGAUAUUGUUCUUUAGUCUCUUCUUCUGCUGUCCAGCGUGUUGGCUCAUCUACCUUAACCCUUCUCCAAAUGCUGCAUUAAACACUCCCUUAAGAUUGGUUAUCCAUGUUAUGCUGGAUUAACAGCAGAUGUGAUUUGCAGAGUUGGAGAACAACUGUGCACUUCUGCUUCCAAAUGGAAGAUUUAUAGUAUCUUUGUUGUCUUCAACUCCACAUGGAGGUUGUCCAAGGAACUAGAAAUCAAAAUAAUCAUUUAUAUUUGAGUAAAAAUGAUUCAUCGAUUCUAAAUAAAAUAUAUAUAUAUAUAUAUGAAUUUGAUGAGAAAUAAUCUUAAUUUAUAGAAGGAAAUCUGGAAGACUUUCAAAUUAAAUAGCAACCAUAACAAAAUGCUAAUUUAGCCUUUCGCCCUGUUACUAAAUUAUAUAUUCCUUGGAUUUACAGUAUUCAGAACCAUGUCCGUGGAGACACAAUUUUGGUUCUUUGAAAAGUCCUUUCAAAGUUAACUCACUGUCCAUAUGUUUUACAACAGACACAAGAGCAAAUUUUUAAAAAUCUCGUCUAUCUGACGUCAGCCAAACUGUUGUAAACAAAUUAAAUUCCACGGCGCUCAGAUGAAAUGAAUGUCUACACCGCUGUCACUCUUCUGUCCAUUAUCACAUAAAGCCCACCCAAAUGAUUACUAAAACACAAACAAACAUGUGUCAAAAGAUGAUUGCUGUGGGACAGAGCUGAAAUCUUCAGACGAAUUGUAGCAAUAUACAGUCGAUGCCGUCACAAGAACAGUUAUUCAAGCUGAAAAAAGUUGUUUUCUAGCAAAGUUCUGAAAACGAAUCAUGUUUUUUUUCUCGUACUCAACAUUCACUGUAGCACUUAUGUAAAUAUAUUCAAACAUCAGCGUUUCUCCAUGAGUAAUUACGUUUUUUCUUUUCUUCUUUUAAAAAAACA